CACGAUAUGAUCGAGUACAGGUAACGGAUAUCUGCCGUCCGCAGUUCAUCGAAAUGUCGACUAAUCAGUCUGGGGACGGCGGUAUUGACCAUAACACUGUGAAUGGCCGCGUCGCCGGCCAUAACGUUAUGGUUGGUAGCAUCAGUGCUGUCAAUGGCGGUCACAACGUGGUCUCUUAUGGAGACUACCACUUCUACGCAUCCAGCGCACCCAACGAGGUCCGCAAGUCGGUCGAACCCUUUGCUCAACUCUAUUUUCCCCGCAAUGAAGACUUUAUCGAACGACCGUACAUCACAGAAUGGCUCGAAAAGACGCUCAAGAACCCAGGAAGCCGCGCUGCGCUCUGGGGACUUGGUGGGAUAGGAAAGUCACAAUUUGCCAUUCGAUACGCUCAAGACGUCAAACACAGAUCGCCUGAAACAUUCAUUUUCUGGAUCUACGCUCGCACCAGGGAUCUGUUCAUUACCGGCUAUCGCGAAAUUGCAGAAAAACUGGGACUCCUCCCUGACCCUUCUCAACCUGAUGACACCGUCCUCCGAGCUGUACGUGACUGGUGCCGUCAAAACAAACAAUGGCUCAUGAUCCUGGACAACGCCGAUGAUGUCGCCAUCUUCAAGAAUACAACGACCAGCGGGGAUAGUGCUAGCGAGGACGGCUCGGCAAUCAAGGCCCAACCCCUUUCCGAGUUUCUGCCUUGCGGUCAAACUGGAAAUCUUCUGGUCACCUCACGGGACAAAGCAGCCGCUCAUUUCUUGGCGGGGCACCGGAACGCUCGAGAGGUACCAGCCAUGACGGAACAUGAGGCAAUACAGCUGCUGCGGAAGAAGCUCGGCGAUUACAAUGAUGAGGAUUGCGAGGUCGCUCUGGUCCAGGCCCUCGACUGUAUCCCCCUUGCUAUCACGCAAGCGGCAUCUUACAUCGCGUUUGAAGCAGACACUGGCUUGACGACUCCGGCAACGUACUUGGAACUGUUCAGGAUGAGUGAUCAAGAGAGGGUCAGCCUUUUGAGUGAAGUGACGGUGGACGAUCCGUUCCGCGAACCCGGCACAUCCCCUGCCGUUGUUACCACGUGGAAAAUCACAUUUAGUCGAAUCAAGGAAACGAACGCCAAUGCCGCCUGGCUCCUUUCACUAAUGAGCUUCUUUCAUAAUCAAGGAAUUCCGCAUUGGAUUCUUGAGAAGAUCUACGCACUUCUGUUUGAACAGGACGCUGGUCGAGCACUUCCGAAGGAUCUUAGUUUGUUGUGUCGCUAUUCGCUUGUCACUCGCUUUCAAAUACAGGAUGGGGAUAGAAAGGAGCGUCAUGGCGCAACCUUCCGGUCCCAACAGUAUCAGAUGCAUGCUUUGGUACAAGCUUGUACUCGCGCGUGGCUUGAGGAAUCAAGGGAGAAAGAAGAUGUUCAACGGCAUUACAUCAAUUCCCUGGGAGUAUUUCAUCCCGACCCUUGCUUCGAAUCCUGGACAGAGUGUGGUGAGCUCUCUCCACACGUCGAGUCGCUCCUAAAUUUACCUGGACUCGAACAUCUUGACAAAGAUCGUGCACCGUUUUUGUUAAGGAUGCUCUCCUGCGCGGGGAAUUACAACAUCGAGACGGGCAGAUUGGACAGAGCCAUGAUCUUGCUGACCAAAGCACUUCAUGUGGCCGAAAAAACAUUUUGUCCAGGACACUACUACAUAUUCCGGGCAGUUGGAGACUUAUGGAAGCUGCGAGAUUUGUUCGGCAAGCAUCACUCACUUCAGAUCAAGAUCAAAGGACUUCUAGCACGAUUUGUCAACACCCUUGACUUCGUCGCUAAAUACGCGGAGAAAGAGACAAUCAGUCGUGCACUUUUGCAUCGUCGAUUUCAAUUUCCAGACGAAGAUUGGUUGCUCGGGAAAGCUGGUAUGUCAGAAGGCGACAUCUGGAUUGCCAUUUCCCAGGCAAUGCUAGCUCAGUGGAAAACUGAAGAGCUUCUAAACGUUUUAGAACAGAGGCGAUCGCAACUGGAGAUGCCGGAUGCUGAUGGUUCCUUUCAAUACCCCGCUCAUGUGGCAUCGAUAUGUUCACUGGUGAAGCAAGGGAAAUGGGAAGACGCUGAAAAGAGCUGCCGAAAACUCCUGGAAUAUUACGAACGGACAUUUGGCUCCCAAGUUCCAUUGUUAUUGGGUGUGCGAAUGCAUAUUGUUUCAUGCCUAGCCUCGCAAGGGAAGCACAUGGAGGCGGUAGAGGAGUUGGACAAUAUAGUCCAGUUGCGCAAGAAGCUGCUUGGGCCUGAACACCCGGAUACAUUGGAGGCCAUUGUCAAACUCGCACAUUGUUUGAACGAGUUGGGGAGACAUGCCCAGGCAGAAGAGUUACUGCUCGAUUGUCUUACGACCCUGGAAAAGAAUCAUGAGGACAAGAUCGGAUCAAAGAUAUAUUGCCUUGCAAUAAAAACCUUGAGCAACAGCAUCUUGGCGCAAGAAAAGUUUGAGUCAAAAUCGCCAGAAUUUUGGAGGAAAAUCAUGAUAGGUUUUAUCCCAUUUGUUUUUGGGGACGAAUUAGAUCUCGACGAGGAUGAAGAUAUUGGGGAGGACGAGUCACCCGCUGAGCUGUCAGCAACUGAAGGCACAGCCAGGGCUCUAGUGCCAGCACUUCCAAACGCAAUAUCUCCAGGGGCUGCCAUCAGCAAUUUGGCUCACAGCUAUAACAGUACAGAUGCGGCGUACCAGGCCAAUUUGCAAGAUUGGGAAGAGAAUGCAGCGGCAAGAGCCGUCGAACAGUUGCAUGUAGGAGAACGAAUGGUGGUCAGGGACAACACAUCGAGGCCUGAGAUGAAGAGAUUAUUUUCCAUUGGGUUAGGCGAGCGGAGGAGCCUGCACGCGGAACGGGCAUUGGAAGACUGUAUGAGAAUGCCCAUGGAGGUAAAGAAAGGGGCGGGCGAAGAUUUGAACAAGGAUCGAAGUGAUGUGAGAGGGGAUGAAGAUGAGGUGGAAGAAGAUGUUGAAUGAUUGGAAGUCAGAUGGUGACGGUGUAAGAGAAAGCGGCUCGUCUCACACUGCCUUGUUGUUCUGUUGGGCAUUUCUGCUUUAACUUUUCCUUUUUUUUUUCUCCUCUU